UACUCUAUUUAUAAAUCUCUCUUCCCAUUCCCCUUGAGCUUCUCAAAACUUCUUUCCAAUUUUCUCUCUUCAUCCCAAUUUUCAGCUUCAUCAACUACAUCAUUUUUCCAACCGCUUUUCAACCAAGGAAGCAUUCUCCGGGUAACAAGCAGAAUCUGAGGAAGAGUACUGUGUUUAGGAAGAAAAGAAGAUGGAGAUUCAAGAAAAUCAACAGGAAACAUGGUCGGAGACAGAAAGCAGAAGCAGCACCAGCAGCAGAAGAGCUGGCUUCAGCGGUCCAUUAGCGACCAACAAAAGAAACAGUAGCAAGAAAAGUUCAAAAUACAAAGAAGAAGAAUACGUGGAGAUCACACUUGACGUUCGCGAUGACUCAGUUUCUGUUCAGAACAUAAGGGGAGGAGAUUCUGAGACGGCAUUUCUAGCUAGUCAAUUGGAGAGAAAAAAUCAUCCUUCACUUGGAUCACAGCUCUCGCUUCGAUUAAGACAAGUUUCACAGGAGCUCAAGAGAAUCACUUCUUCGAAUACGUUUGACAAGGUUGACAGGAGCAAGUCUGGAGCUGCUCGUGCCUUGAAAGGGCUGAAGUUCAUGACCAAAAAUGUGGGAACCGAAGGCUGGUCUGAAGUUGAAGCAAGGUUUGAUAAAUUAGCCGUUGACGGAUUGCUUCCCAAGAACCGGUUUGGCCAAUGCAUAGGAAUGAAUGAAUCGAGUGAAUUUGCAAGUGAACUGUUUGAUGCAUUGGCUCGGAAUAGAGGGAUCACAUCAGCUUCAAUAAGCAAGGCUGUAUUGCGUGAAUUCUGGGAACAAAUUACUGACCAGGGUUUUGAUGCCAGGCUUCAAAUCUUCUUUGGCAUGGUUGACAAAAAUGCGGAUGGAAGGAUCACGGAAGAAGAGGUGAAAGAGAUUAUUGCUUUAAGUGCUUCAGCUAAUAAGCUGUCAAAGAUUCAAGAACGAGCCGAGGAGUAUGCUGCUCUGAUCAUGGAAGAAUUGGACCCAGACAAUCUUGGAUACAUUGAGCUUUACAACUUGGAAAUGCUACUUCUCCAAGCUCCAAAUCAAUCCACAAACUUAGCAACAGACAGUCGAAUCUUAAGCCAAGUACUAAGCCAAAGGCUUGUACCAACCAAAGAUCACAACCCAAUAAAGAGAUGCUACAGGAAGGUAGCCUACUUCGUUGAGGACAAUUGGAAGAGAAUUUGGGUGAUGGCCUUGUGGCUUGGAAUCUGCGCAGGACUCUUCACUUGGAAAUUCAUUCAGUACAAGCACCGAGCAGUGUUCGAUGUCAUGGGCUACUGCGUUACCACCGCAAAGGGUGCAGCCGAAACCACUAAGUUCAACAUGGCUUUGAUUCUUUUACCUGUGUGUAGAAACACCAUCACUUGGCUCAGAAGCAAAACCAAGUUAGGAGCCGUCGUCCCUUUCGAUGAUAAUAUCAACUUCCACAAGGUAGUUGCUUUUGGAAUAGCAAUUGGAGUUGGGCUGCAUGCCGGUGCACAUUUAACGUGCGACUUCCCUAGACUACUACAUGCCACAGAUGAAGAGUAUGAACCAAUGAAGCCAUUCUUUGGCGAUGACCGACCAAAUAACUACUGGUGGUUCGUGAAAGGGACUGAGGGUUGGACUGGUGUGGUCAUGGUGGUGCUCAUGGCUAUAGCCUAUAUAUUAGCCCAGCCUUGGUUCCGCCGGAACAGGCUAAACCUCCCUACCACCCUGAAGAAGCUCACCGGAUUCAAUGCCUUCUGGUACUCACACCACUUGUUUGUUAUCGUCUACGCCCUCUUCAUCGUUCAUGGCUACUAUCUCUAUCUUUCCAAGAAAUGGUACAAGAAAACGACGUGGAUGUAUCUCGCUAUUCCAAUGGGAUUAUAUGCAUGCGAACGUUUGAUUCGUGCAUUUAGAUCGGGUUACAAAUCAGUGAGGAUUUUGAAGGUGGCAGUCUACCCUGGAAAUGUACUGGCACUGCACAUGUCCAAGCCUCAAGGAUUUAGAUACACUAGUGGGCAAUACAUCUUUGUGAAUUGUUCAGCUGUUUCCCAAUUUCAAUGGCAUCCAUUUUCAAUUACUUCUGCUCCUGGAGAUGAUUAUUUGAGCAUCCAUAUUCGCACCUUGGGUGACUGGACAGCACAGCUCAAAGCUGUUUUCUCCAAGGUUUGCCAACCUGCAUCAAGCAAUCAAAGUGGCCUUCUAAGAGCUGAUAUAGCAAGCAGUGAUAAUAAGCCUAGAUUGCCAAAGCUCUUAAUUGAUGGACCUUAUGGAGCACCAGCACAAGACUACAAGAAUUAUGAUGUUCUUCUAUUGGUUGGACUUGGAAUUGGUGCCACACCUCUAAUUAGCAUAGUUAAGGAUGUGCUUAACAACAUUAAGCAGCAAAAGGAAAUAGAAGAAGGGAUGGUAGAGAGUGGCAUUAAGGGUAACAAAAGAAAGCCUUUUGCUACUAAACGAGCUUAUUUUUACUGGGUCACUCGCGAGCAAGGCUCGUUCGAGUGGUUUAGAGGUGUGAUGAAUGAAGUGGCUGAUUAUGAUCAAGACAGAGUUAUUGAGCUUCAUAAUUAUUGUACAAGUGUUUAUGAAGAAGGAGAUGCUCGUUCUGCAUUAAUCGCUAUGCUUCAAUCUCUUCAACAUGCUAAGAAUGGCGUUGAUGUUGUCUCUGAAACGCGUGUUAAGACGCAUUUUGCUAGACCAAAUUGGCGAAAAGUUUUUAAGCAUGUAGCGGUUAACUAUCCCAAUCAAAAAGUUGGAGUGUUUUAUUGUGGUGCACCUGGAUUGACCGGAGAACUAAGAAGGCUAGCUCAAGACUUUUCCAGGAAAACUACUACCAAGUUUGAUUUUCAUAAAGAGAAUUUCUAACAAUUCUUUUAAAAAAAUAAAUAUUUUUUGAAAUGUAAUUUAGUUUCUUUUUCUUUUAUACUGCCCAAAAAAAAAGCUGUCAUCAAAGUAAAAGAAUUGUAUUGGUUCUUGUUUAUAGUGAGACUUGUUUUGAGAAACAAAUUGCAAUUAGAAUAAAAAAAAUGUAGCAUUCAAUUUUCAGCAA